GUCUGCUCCAGAUUUUGUCUGCUAUUUUUUGAAACUAAAAUCCGGGCAUCCGGUAGAGGCGCUGACUGUCCGCAUCAGUCAUAACAAUUCAUUGUUAGGACAUGGUUAGGACCUGGUGCAUCAUUUGGAAAAGACCAGCACAAUGCCAAAUCGUUGCUUUGUGCCCAAUUGCAAGACUGGUUAUCCAAGCAACAAACCAGCUUCUACACUAUCAUUGUUCGCACCACCCAAGGAUAAAGCUCUCUUCAAACAAUGGGAGCAAUACAUUCCUCGUAAGGAUAUAAAGCUAAAACCAUCAUCAAGAGUGUGUUCCAGACAUUUUGAAGAAGAUGACGUCAUUAAAGGACGCAUGAUAAAAGGGAAGGAUGGAAAAGAAAUCUUCCAUGCGUGGAAGAACUGGACCCUUAAAGAAGGAGCAAUUCCAAGAAUUUUUCAAGAUUGCCCGAGUCAUCUGACAAAGCCAAAACCAGCAGCCAAAAUAAAAUCACCAAAAGAUAGAGAGACUGCUGACGUUAGGAAGCAUAAGAAUGCUAAGCACCUGGAUGAGCCUCAAGAAGACAUUGAUGAUGUUUUCCAGAAUUGUGAAGGGAUGCCAUGGUUGUCUUUUAAUCCGAAAGACUGUCCAUUACCUCCAACUUGGUUUUGGAUUAAUUCCAAAUAUGAGUCUGCGGUCCCACUUUGUGUUCAGUUUGAACUCAUCCCGGGAGAAACAACUGAAUCAAAGUCGGUCCACUUGAAAGACGGGCAGGUUUUUUUGUCCUACAAUUCCAAAGUACUUUAUACUACGUUUCUAAAUCAAGAACAAAAUGACGAAACACUGUGCCAGCAGUUAGCAAGGAUUAUCAAGAAUUUCGACGAGGCGCACAAAUGCCACGGCAUAAGAGAAGGGCGGUUUGCCAACAUUAAGUUUUGCACUGGAGCUGUCCUUCAAGAUGACACUUGGAGAUCAACCAACUGCAAAACCUUUUUCGACGUAAAUAAUAAGAAUUUCUAUGACCCAAGCUCUCAUUCCCUACCUGAGGACGUCUUGAAAUGGGUACACAAAUGUGCAAUAUCAGUGUAUCGAUUUACACAGUGUAAGAUAUCCAGAUGUAAUACAAAAAUUAAGUUGAAACCAAAAUGUUUAAGCAAAAUUUCUUAUUUUCCGCGGGCUUACCAAUGUAAUUUGAUGACUGAUGCGGACAGUCAGCGCCUCUAGUGGAUGCCCGGAUUUUUGCUUCAAAAAUUA